CCUCUAGAAAAUUGUUAGCUGUUUCCGGCUCUUCUCAGUUGCAGGUAUUCGUAAGUUUUCGGCAGUUUCCGGGAAAACUCGGGUACUCCGAGCCUUGCUGCCCCUGCUCCAUCGCCGGGUACGGCAGCGCAGGGUCUCCGGCUAGCUAUGGCGUCCCCAUCUCGGAGGCUGCAGACUAAACCAGUCAUUACUUGUUUCAAGAGCGUUCUCUUGAUCUACACUUUCAUCUUUUGGAUCACUGGUGUUAUCCUUCUUGCCGUUGGCAUUUGGGGUAAGGUGAGCCUGGAAAAUUACUUUUCCCUCCUAAAUGAGAAGGCCACCAAUGUCCCCUUUGUGCUCAUUGGCACAGGCAUUGUCAUUAUUCUUCUGGGUACCUUUGGUUGUUUUGCUACCUGUCGAGCUUCUGCCUGGAUGCUAAAACUGUAUGCGAUGUUUCUGACGCUCAUAUUUUUGAUUGAACUAGUUGCCGCUGUUGUAGGAUUUGUUUUCAGACAUGAGAUUAAGAACAGCUUUAAAAAUAACUAUGAAAAUGCUUUGAAGGAGUACAACUCUACAGGAGAUUAUAGAAGCGAAGCAGUAGACAAGAUCCAAAGUACUUUGCAUUGUUGUGGUGUCACCAAUUAUAGAGAUUGGAAAAGUACUAAUUAUUACUCAGAAACAGGAUUUCCCAAGAGCUGCUGUAAACUUGAAGGUUGUUCUCCACAGGGAGAUGCAGAGAAAGUAAAUGAAGAAGGUUGUUUUAUAAAGGUGAUGGCAAUUAUAGAGUCAGAAAUGGGAGUUGUUGCCGGAAUUUCCUUUGGUGUUGCUUGCUUUCAGCUAAUUGGAAUCUUUCUCGCCUACUGCCUCUCUCGUGCCAUAACAAAUAAUCAGUAUGAGAUAGUCUAACCAGUAUAUACAUGGACAUAGCCCUCUCCAACUUUAAGGUUCCUCCCACCCCUGUGAAUUAUAACAUCACCUGGAUGGAGACUGAUGGCAUAGUUACCAAUAGGCUGGAAAAUGGCACCAGUAGGUUGAGUCAAUCAAGAUACUUGUGUACUGUGUUCUACGUCCACUUUACGUCUUAUUUGUUCACCUCUGUACCUCUCUGAAACACUGGAAGAGCUAGUAAAUUGUAAAUGAAACAAUA